AUGGCUACAAAUGAUUAUCAAGCUCGUGUUGACGAAACUAUUAAAAUGCAUGGCAAUCGAAUUGAUGAAGUCGAAUAUGUAUACAUUGAAUUUCGUAAAAAUGGCGAACAUGAUGAUUAUCGUAGAGCAGUAACACGGGCAGACUAUGAACGAGUAGCGGCUACAAUACAACAACCGACAUUACCAUUUGACAAAUUUAUCAAAGUAUUAAGACCAUUCAUGAUGGGUGCUUUCGCACAUGAUGAUAUACCUGAGGCAUUUCGUUUGUUAGAUUCUGAUCAUUCAGGUACAAUUGAUAUUGGUGAAUUAGCCGCUUUUAUGCCUGCUAUCCUACCUAAUAGUAAUCCAUAUAUAUUACUUCAUCAUAUUCAACAAGUUGAUAAAAAUAAUGACUUUAAAUUGAACCUAGAGGAAUUUACUGCACUUAUUCAUCGAGGAAUUGGACGAGAUAUUACACUUGGACGUCUUUAA